AGGCAGUGACGGAGGCAAAACAUUAGGUUAAAAAGACCAAAAGUUGUAGAAAAAGAGAGAACAGAGUAAGUAAAUCAGCUCGUUACAUUGCCUGUAUUGGACCGUCAGGGCAAAAAUGACAGCCGAAGCACCAGACGCUGCAGGAGUCCAGUCUAAAACUAAAGCAGGAUGGGCUUGUCCAGUAGCGGACAAACAGACCGAUGAAAUGAAGCAAAUCUGGAAAGAGUGCCAAGAAGAGAGCUUUUGGUACAGAGCUGUACCUCUCUCUCUUGGAAGCAUGGCUAUCACUGGCGGCUUAAUUUACAGUGGGGUUUGGAAACGAUCAGCACGGUUUGGACCUUUUCCAAAACUGGCAUUGGCAGGAGUCAUUGGUUAUGCUGCUGGAAAAGCUUCUUACAUGAAAACAUGCCAAGAAAAGUUUCAGAAGCUGGGACCAGAGUUUCAAAAAUUCCGGCCGCCUGGCUUUGGGGGCAAAGGACAUAGACACUGCACACAUGUGUGUACUGAGUGUAAGAAACAAGAUGAAGCUGCAGCAUCAUCUGCAACACCUGCUCAAAGCUGAAGUGAUUAAAUGCAUAUAAUCAUCUCACACCAGCUUAUAUGUAAAUAAUUCUGGUUGUGCACUGCGUAUAAUAAGAAACUUCAUUGUGUUUUUUUUCCUAAUUGUAAUGUCAAUGUAAAAAGCUUCACAAAUAAGCUAUGUCACAAGCAGGCUAAACACUUAUUAAACUUUAAAUUGUUCUUACAUUAA